CGGAGCGGCGAGCGGCCGCAAAAGUGAAAAGCGGCCCACCGACCGACCGACUGCCCCGCGUGACGUAACAGCGCAGCUACAGCUGUAGCAGCCGGCGCGGUAUUACGGCACCACAGUGCGCGUCUCUCGCUGGCCAGCGUGCAGCUGCCGCCGCCGCGGCGCGCCCAGAGCACCACGUCACGUUGCCAGGCAUCGGCUCGCGGCCACCUGCUGAUCGCACAGGUGAGAACGCGGUGGUGGCCUUGGACGUUUCCCCAGUCCAGUCUCUACUGAUGUCUGACGUGCUGUAUGCGGUGUGGCUGGUGCGCCCAUUGUGCGACAGGUGACAGAGCUGAAGGAAUGGAUGGCCGUCAGUUGUGCUCGAGCAGUGCGAAGCAGUGACGACCAUACGCGGCUCUUCGAGCUCUCUCAGGAGGAUGCUGGUGUCGGAGGCUGCGCCCGUGUGGUGGGCGCUGGUGCUGUAUGCGGCGCUCCUGCUGAUGCUGAGCCCGUGCGUGCUGCUCGUGCUGGUGUGCCUGCCCCACCUGCCACUGCUGCUGCUGCGGCGCGUCCUCUUCAUCCCCAUGGAGGCCGUCUGAGGUGGCGACACCCCAGUGACCAGCCAGCGAGCCAGUCAACUCCUACCUGCUGCUGCUGCCACGCCAAUGUCUGCUGGUGGUGGUUGUGUACAGCAGAAGAACAUCCUCUUCAUCACUGUGGAGGCUGUCUUGAGUGAUGAGGACCACCUGUCCAGCCAACCAACCACUGCAGCAAACCAACUCCCUGCUGCUUCAGAUGGUGGGCCCAUGUGUACAGCUGGUGCUCUUCUGCCAGCAGUAUCUGUUACUGUUACAGUUCCUCACCUUCAUCCCAAUAGUGCCAGUCUGAGAUGAUGGGACAUCAUUCCAACCAUCCAGCCAAUCUAGUCCUACCUGUUGCUGUUGUUCCUUGUGUUCAUAUGCUAGCCACAGUCAUUUAUGCUGAAAUACGUCCUGUUCAUUCCCAUAGUGGCUGCCUAGUAUGAUGAGAACCAACUGCAGAACUAGCCAACCAUUCAACACCUACCUGCUGCUUCUGAUUUUGAUCCCUAGUGUGCAGUUUGUGUUCGUCUGUCAGCCCCACCUGCUGCUAUAGAAGUGCACUCUCUUCAUCCCCGUGGAGCCCAUCUGAGAUGACGGGACAGCCAUGGGACUGACCAACCAGACAGUCAACUCCUACCUGCUGCUGUUGAUAAUAGUGCUCAAGUACCAGCCCCAGUUGUCACGGCUCCAGUUCAUCCACUUCAUUGUCAUUGUGGCUGUCAAGGAACGACGUGCCCAGUCAUUCAAAUACUUAGCACUAAUCUGUGCUUCUGAUGCUGAGCCUAUGUGUGGAGCUGCUGCUUGUCUGCCAGACCCACCUGACACUGCUGGAAUGCAUCCUCUUCAUCCCCACAGAGUCAGUCUGAGAUGAUGGGAGAGUGAUGGGACAAACCGCCAGAUGACCAACUUCUACCUGCUGCAGAUGAUACUGAUGCUCAUGUGCCAGCCACACCUGUUGCUACUGCAGGUCAUUCUCUGCAGACCCAAGGCAGCAGCCUAAGAUGAUAAGAAGCACUUGCUGAAGCAGCCAACCACUCAAUGCCUACCAGUUGUUUCUGAUGCUGAAACCAUGCGUGCUGCUGGAGAUCAUUUGACCGCCUCACUUGUUGUUGCUGAAGUACGUCCAAUUCAUCUCCAUGGAGCCUGUCUGAGAUCCACAGACCCAUCCAGCCAACAACAAAAUGCCUAACUCCUGCUUUUGCUGCCACUGAUUCUCCUGUGACAGCCUCACGUGUUGCCACUGCAGUACAUCCUCUUCAUACCCAUGACAGUUAAGAUGAUGAGAACUGUGCGCCCAGCCAACCGACCACUCAGACCCCGUGUAUGUGCUGAGCACUAGCAUGUAGCUGUCGCUCAUGUAGCUGCUCGAAUUUUUGCUGUUAAAGCACAUCCUCUUUGUCCCCUUGCAGCCAACCUCAGCUCCAACCUGCAGUGUGUGUGAAGUCGCUAAGUGAUUCUUCCAGGGACUAUGCCAUUCUCUACUGCUGUAGCAUGUCAGUUCUGUGUGUCUGAGUGGACCGCCAUAUAGUGUAGCUCUCAGUGCAGAACUCUAUGUUGUUACGGGCAGUGAGUGAGCCAAGCUAGCCCUGGGAGUUAUACCAGGUUCCCAUUAAUAACCAUUGUCGUUAUAAUAUUAUCAAUACACUGUCUGCUCAGAAAGUACAUAUUGUAGACUUGCUAUAAUUGUGUUCAUAAAUGAGCAAUAACUUUUGUAUAUUUAAUUAAAUUGUAUGUUUUUCAAUUUUACUAUCUGAAUUAUUA